AUGUCAGAACGGCGAAACAGCCUGUCGCCGCCAGAGCGGAAAGACACAGUUGAUCCGGGUGCUCACGAGCUUGAGGCAUCCGACUCCGAAGAGCACUACUCCGAUGCCCGGUCCGGCCCAAUGACGCCCUCACGGGCCUCACCCAUCCCGAGAACCAGAGUCGAGAGGGUGGACGACAAGCCGGCGUACGGGGAAGUCCCUGGUACACAGGCCUACCGCAUGAGAGAGGGGGACGCAGCGCCGGAUGAGAUAGCCAUCAUCCCCGACCCGAGCAAUGAAUCGGCUGCAGAGCCUGAGGAACCCCCGCGGUCCCCGACGCCCGGCGGGCAGCCCAUACCCAAGACUGUGGUGGAAGAGACACCAGACGUCGAGGGCUCAGUGACGCACCCGGAGAACAGGCAAAGGCGCAAGUCGGAUGCACACCCCGACCUGGUUGUCAAGGCCGACGGGAAGGUAGAAGGAGGCGGAGCUGCAAAUGGCGCAAAAAGGGAUUCUUCGCUUGCUCUGAAACAAUCUCCGUCAAAUCCUGGCGUCCCGGACCCUGAAGGCGCUGUCGCUGCUAAUGAAGAAGGUAAUGGUGGCGAUGAUGACUUCGGAGACGACUUUGACGAUUUCGAAGAGGGUGGUGAAGACGGCGACUUUGGUGACUUUGACGACGACUUCCAACAAGCCGAAGAAGCUCCAGCACCACCACCGCCUCCUCCAUCGGUCCCUACCGCUCCAUCCUUCUCCUUCCCAAUCCCCACCUUCGACGACCUCUCCCCUCCCGAAAUACACUCGCUCACGCAACCCUACCUCGACGCCCUCUUCCCGCCGCCCGACUCCUUCCCAACGCUUCCAGCCCUCUCCGCAGAAGACAACCCCGUCUUCCUCACGCCGCGCUCCGCCUCGCUCUGGUCCCAGCUCGUCGCCCCGCCCCCGCUGCAGCCCCCAGACUGGAUCCGCUCGCGCAUCCGCCGGCUCUUUCUCGUCUCCCUGGGCGUGCCCGUCGAUCUCGACGAGAUCCUGCCCGCGUCCUCCAAGCAGAAGAAGCUUGUGUUGCCGUCACUACAUCGGACAACCUCCACCGGUUCGCUGCGCAGGGCAUCGAGUGAUUCCCGCGCCAAGACGACUGCGGAAGGAGUGGCGGCCGGGGAAGUGAGCGGCGCACGGAAGAGCACGGGCUCACAAGCCGGGGGCGAAUCGGGGAGAAGCAAGAGAACAGAUGGCGGUGCUGGUGGUGGUGGUGCGGAACGGGAGAGGAGUCCGGAGCGGAAUUUCGACCUGGUCUCGGCGCGGCAGACCUGUAUGCUGACGGACGCGGCGCUCAACGGGAUGACGGACGACGAGCUGCGGGAGCACAUCAAGCGGCUGGAGGCGAUGCAGGGCAUGGCACAGGGGGUGCUGACGUACUGGCAGAAGCGGACGGACGAGCAGAUUGCCGAGCGGGAGGCGUUUGAAGGGGUGAUUGAGAACUUGGUCAAGCACGCCCGGAAGGUGAGGAAGUAGGGAAGCGGGGAUGGCAUAAAUAGAAAUGAAGAAGAGAAGUACGGCGGUCAUAGUCACUUGCUAGGGACAUGGCGGUGGAACUGCAGUCUGCAGGCAACGUCAUGACUGCAUAAGAAUGUCUACAGACCCGAGGCUCCGUUUCCUUUUUCAUCUACCAGUGAUCGCAUGAAGAUAACAGGGCUUUAGACUAUGCUGGUGCCCACCACAUCCUUGGUCUGCUAUGCGUGAUCUCCCCGCCCAAGGUCAUCUGUCCAGCUCGCAACCAACUCGUCACUAAAGAGCCACAUGUAAAUCAAUCCCCUGAUCCUUCAUAAACUCAUGGAUUCUCACUGCCCUCGUCGAAGGGAUAUCUCAUUUGGAGGUGCUAGGCUCGAGCGUGACACCACUGU